AUGACCGCCGAAAUAUUUAAAGCCUGGCUGCGUCAGCUAGACCGUCGCUUUGCGACCAAGGCUCGGAAGGUGCUGUUCGUGCUGGACAGCUGCAGUGCGCACACGAAGGUGUCCGUGCUCGAAAACAUUGAACUUCUAUUUCUGCCUCCGAACACAACGGCUUCCCUGCAGCCGAUGGAACAGGGAAUUAUACAGUUUCUGAAAAGCCGCUAUCGACGGCAGGUACUCGAGCGUAUGUUGCUCUGCAUGGAGUCAGGCAAGAAAUGUGAGGUAAGCUUACGCAGCGCAAUCCAGAUGUUCAUGUACGUGUGGAACAACACGCUGCCUGAAGUAGUCGCCAACUGCUUCAGGCACUGCGGCUUCGUGCACGACGCUGACCCGGAUAUGGUGGCCGAUGUUGAAAGCGGCGAAGAACAAGACGGGCGCUAA